AUGAAUAAAAACUACGAGAGAUGCACUCAUUGCAAUCGUCGCAAAUGGCUUGUUACUGGUUGUUUACGGAAGUGGUUGAAGCCCCCAGAAUGUAAACAUCUACAACGAACUGUUGAUAACAAAAGGGAUUUUAACAACACAGACAUUGUUAACGGCGCAUUUUUACCAGAUCGCAAGCCUCCUAUGAACACAAAUAAGUUUGUAAAGUUUUGGAAAAAUAAGUUAUUUCUUACUGGUAAUGUCAGAGCUUUGCAAAGAUAUUUUGGUAGUAAGAAUAAUACUGGGGAACAUCUGUGCAGUCUUAAUAAAUGUACUGAUGCAUCGACAUCGUCUGAGAAAAGAAUUGUUGUUGCUUCUGGAUAUGAGGCAAAAAAGGAUGGUCUAUUAAAUAAACAAGUAAUAAAGUGUGAACAUGCAGAUGGACACUCUGUUCUCCGUGGACAUCACCAACAUGUUUCUCUUGAAACAUGUGCUAUAUAUUGCCAGUUAUCAAAACGAGGCUGGUACUGGGGAGGUAUUACUUCUAGUGAGGCAGAGGAGUUGCUUGCAGGACAGCAUGACAAUGUAUUUUUAGUAAGAGAUUCGUGCGACUCCCGCCAUAUCCUUUGUGUCUCGUUUCGAUGCGUAGGACGCACACUUCAUGCUCGCCUUCGACACGCAAAUGGACUGUUUUCCUUGAAUAAUGAAACAUUUGUGCCAGCAAAUCGAAUUUCAGAGCACUGUGCAGCUGUGGAUGUGAAAUCAAACCUUUUUGAAAUGCCCGUCAAACUUGCAAGGCCACUAAAUAGGUUUGCGAGGCUGGAUUCUUUGCAAAUGAUCUGCAGGUUUGUUAUCAGGCAAACUGUAUCCGCGAAUCUAUGGAACAAGUUGCCACUACCACCAAAUUUGAUAUCUUAUGUGUCUGCAGGCAGUGACUACAUAGUACCGUCAUAG